AUGCUGCAGAUGGACCAAGCAACGCUCGAACAAGUGUUCGCUCAGGAAUCGCAACAGCUUGAGCAUGGGAACUCUGCAGGCACGUCAGCUGCAGCUUCAGGGCCAAGUCCAACGCCAGCAGCAGCAGCUCCAGCUCGAGCUAGAGAGAGAGCGGACAGCGCCAAACUAACGACGGCGCCAAGCAAGCAUCGAGAAGGCAGCCAUCAUCCCAGCGCACCUCGGCCAGGCAGAGCUCCGCAAGCUAUACGAUGCGCAGCCUAUGCCAACUCCACCAUGUUCGUGCAUAGACUCAGGCAGGACGUGCAAGAUCUGCUGGACGAGUUUGCGCGCGAGUUGUUGAUGCUGCAGCGCAGCCAGUCCCUUGAUGCUCGGGAUGUGCAUGUGCCGGUGGAUGUGCAAGUUGGCAUGUCGCCCAUGCAGCUUUUUCAUCGCCUAUGGAUCCGCGCAGGCUGGCACGCUAUCCAGUCCGCUUGGCCCGAGGCGCACAUCGCAUCUAGAAGAUCGUUCUUUGAAGCUACAGCGCGCGCUUUUGUCGAGCGCCUGGAAUGUCUUUCUCCAUGCUGUCCCUACCCGCCUUCGCCUCUAGGCUCGUUCAGUCUGCACAUGCCCGAUGUGCAUCACGUUGCGCAAGGUUUGGCCUGCCUCUUUGCCGUGUACACUCUCGUUUCGACCACGGCUGAAGCUGUGCCUAUUCUGCAAGAAAGACCAGAGAGGUACGUUCGGGAUGACACUGACAACAAGGGAAAGAGCAAAGAGAUUCCCAUGGGGGAUCAACACUCGCCUCAUUGCGGAUGGAGAGUGCCCAUGCCGGUAGACCUGUACAACGUACUCCUGCACAUUCCACAGCACAUCGGAGGCACAGAAGCGGGACAUGGCUGGCAAAGCGCCAAGGAUGAUGCCGCUUUCGCUCUUUGGGCAUUGCACGGCCAUGCGCUUCCUCGACGAAGCAUCAAGAUGCGAGGAGACCGGCAGAUAUUCUCAUCCGAAGCAUUCAUCCUUAAGAAGGAGUACAGGAACGGUAGAUCGUUCGACAAGCUUUCAGCGCGCGUGCAAGACGAAGGCGAUGAUGAUGAUGAUGAUAACGAGCCUCGCGCUGCUACGCUUCUUGGCGUUGUUGACGAUCGCACUGCUCAGGUAUCUGGUAAAAGGGGGAAGCGCAAAAGCACGACCGGGAGGUCACAAAGUAGCAAGAGAAGAAAGGCAGGCACAAGUGCGGCAAGAGCGUCCAAUGAUGACCAGACUUUCUCGGUCACGGGCGGACCCGAGUUGGAUGCGCACCAGCAAGAAGGGAAAGAGAAAAGUUUUUGGGUUCGGGCAGUGCAGCAGCCUAUCGAAGAACGCAGUGUGGGGCCGAUCAGCGCUUUUGAGCUGAUUCCACCAACGAGUCUGAGAAAAAAGACGCAUGGGCUAUGGCCCUCCAAUCGAAUAGGCGAUCAGGCAUCGGUAGAACGUCACAGGGCAGAAUUUGGCAUGGUCAUGUCGGACCGUUCUGAUGCUCGCCAAUCGGGGCGAACGGACAGGCACCUCGAUGGAUCAAACGAGACUCGCGAUGCUGAGCAUCUAAGCGCUGCGCCGGCCACGCGCGCCUCCGUCUCCACCUCGCUUUUCGACACGCACCAACCUUCGUCUGAGCGUCCAGUCGCGCAUGGACUUUCAAGAGCUGACUUCGUGCGCAAUAUAGUCAGAGCACAAUUGGGCGAAGCGCCUCUGAUCUAUGAGACGAUGCUAGACGGCCUCAGCAACACUGCGAGGAGAGUAGAGGAUGAAAGUGGAUCGCAAAGCGAGGAUCGGUCUGCUGAUGCUGAGCGAGCUGCUCGGACUGCACCACAUACAUAUCGCGCGCACAAGCGAGCUGGUCCGAGCAAGACGCAUUCGCGCAAAAGUGCGAAUGCUGCAACUUCGACCUCUACUUCUUCAACUCCAACUGCAACUCCAACGUCGAGAUUGUCCCUUGCUCAUCUUCCCCCAUCCCACCAUUUGCCACGACACCGCGCUUUUCGUCCGUCGCCUCGAGAGGGACUGUCGACUUUGAACAAGCUGCUCGAGCGGCUCAAGGAGGAAGCAGAGGGCUAUGUGAGGAGCGCCAAUUGUGCGCUCGGAAAGCAGGGAGAUGCGCACGUUUCGCAAAACGCGGCAAUGGCUGGUCUCGCUUUUGGGAAGAGGUUGGGAGAUGAUGCAGUAUGCAGCGACGCACUAGUCCGCCAUGCGGACGCGGAUGCGGACGCGGACGCAAACGAAAAGGACUCGGAGUUGGAUUUGGAUUUGGACUUGGGUUCGAAGCGUUUCGAAUUCGAUGCGGAUGGAUCGCUGAAGCGUUGGACAACGAGUUGCGAUUCGACUUUGCAGGGGGGGGGGGAGGAGGAGGAGGAGAAGAAUUUGUUGAGGAGCGUUGGAGAGGAAGCUUGGGUCAGGACGAGGAAUGAGAUUGUGGGGAGAAAGGAAAAGGCGGGAAUUCGUGCGUUAAAAAAAGGGAGCAGCGAAAGAAGGAAAGUAGAAAGGGGGGGAGGGCGUACUGUAGCGGAUGGGGGUGGGCAUCUGGAGAAGAGGAUGGAGUGCGGAUUAGACUUGGACGAGGCUCGGGCGUUGGAGGAUUCGGCGCGCGGGUGA